AUGCCCGUCAUGGCCGUAUAUCCCUUGUUAUGGCUUCUGGGGCCCCUCUCGACCCUGGCCCACGUCCAAGUCUUCACUCCUCCAGGACAGACUGAGAUCACAUAUAGCGUCAACAUCCCCGAGGACACCGCGACAUCCGGUUCGGGGCCCGUUUACUUCCAACUCAAAUCCACGAGUCCCGUCCAGUGGUUUGCAUGGGGCCAGGGCGACCAAAUGCAAGGUGCAAACAUUUUCGUGGUGUAUGUCUCGGGCGACAAUAAUAAUGUGACGGUGUCUCCUCGGCUGGGUGAAGGCCACUUCGAGCCACGAUACAACCGAGACGCACGGGUGUCGCUCCUCGACGGUAGCGGGGUGAGGGAUGGAACCAUCACGGCCAAUAUUCGAUGCGACACCUGUAUUUCCUGGUCGGAUGGAAGUGAAAACGUCACUAGCACCACUAGUCCCUACAUCUGGGCCGUGAAAUAUGGGCCGCCGCUAGACACCAGCGACGUGACGGCGACCAUCACCAAACAUGAUGAUAUGGGAGGUGCUAUCGUCAACAUGAGAAAAGCCACCGGCGGUCACCUCACCAACCCAUUUUCCGAUGUGUUCGACUCGAGCGUAGCAGAGGCUGUCGGGCCACCGUUUGACAUCGAGUCAAUAUAUCGGCAACGAAUCGCCCACGCUGUGCUGAUGAUUAUAGCGUUUGUGGUCUUCUUUCCGUUCUUUGCUUUGGGGCUGCAUCUUUGCCCAGCCUCGUGGACGCCGAAGAUCCAUGGGCUCGCGCAAAGUUUCGUGCUAAUGAUAUCCAUUGCCGGUAUGGGUCUUGGGGUCUCCAUGGCGCACGCGUUCGAGAUGCUUCAGCACCACCACCCGAUCAUUGGCCUCGUGGUAGUCAGUGGACUGGUUCUGUUCCAGCCCCUGAUGGGCCUUCUUCAGCACCGGCAUUUCCGCAAGACAGGCGGCAAGAGCGCCUUUGCGUCUCUGCACCGGUGGUUUGGCCGUGCAAUGAUCGUUUUGGGGAUUGUCAAUGCGGGCUUGGGAUUCCGCAUGACUAGAGAGGCCAACCCGGGGGCAGCGCCUCGAGCAGUAAUGAUUGCAUACAGUGUCGUGGCAGGCGUAGUGGGCGUGGGAUAUGUGUUGGUGGUGGGCGCGCGUACCAUAGUUUAG